AUGGACGUGGUGGCUCUGGCGCAGUCUAUUCUGGACUGCGGCGAGAGGGAUGUGCUGCAGGUGCUGUCGCUUGCGCCUGGUCUGCCACCGGUCUCCGCGGAGACGCCCGUUGCGGAGGCGCGGCGAAACUACAUGCGUCUUGCCGGGCUGGUGCACCCUGACAAGCUGCAGGGCCGCUUCCAGCGCUCGACGGAGGUGUUCCAGAAGCUGGUGCGCGCCUUCGAGCUGGUGGUGGACCCAAAGUACCGCAAGCAGCUUCUCUCCCUUCAGGCAAAGGAGGCCAAGAAGAAGGCCGAUAAAAAAGCACAGACGCCACCGCAGCUGAAAGCGAAGCAGCUUACAGAGUCGGCGAAGCAGAUAACCGGACCGAAGGCAACGGCUACGGUGCAGCAGUUUGCCGAUAGUUCCAAGACGAAGCCAAAUCGAGCAGCACCUAAGAAAAAACAGCCAACGAAACGAAAACAUGCCCCGGAAGACGAUGAUGACUUUAUUGACUACGACGAGGACGAGGACGAAGAUGAGGACGACGACGAGGACGCGAGUGUUGACCUCGACGAAGAAGACAUGGAUCUCGCGUUUGCGGACAAGGAGCCGAGUGUGUCUACGAGCCGCGCCCUUCUCGGAACUCGACGUACCGGCGGCAUUUACCGUGAUACCACGGUCAGCUGCCCGCAGUGCCGCACCCCCUGGACGCCCGACUACAAGCAACACUAUUCACUCUUCAUGGGGCCUGCAGGUAAAAAAGUACACUGUGAAACGUGCCUUUGUCGUUUCGGCUGCGCCACGGCCUUGCACGCGUGCCCGCACUGCCAUCGUAGCUUCGACUAUGACGCCAGCAUGUACGACACCGUUAUACAGUGCGACGGCUGCCGCAAGACGUUCGGAUUUCCAUACUACCCUGUGAAUCAACACCUUAUCGACCAAGUGAAGUUUGACGAGUGGCGCGAGCGGACAGAGCGGGAAAAGGCCCGUGAACGCGAGGAACGUGCGGCAAGGCGACGAACAACCGACAACAACGCAUCGGAAGAGUUUGAUGCCCUUGUUGGGGAGUGUAUUGUGAAUGAAACGUGCCCGCUUUGCAAGCGCGCCGUCUCCGUGCGGCACCGGCAACACGUUGAGGUGUGCCUGAAAAAUAAGGGCACAGACAACGCAGCUUCAACGGCGAUGUCGACGGCGGUGAUAACGCAGAAACCGACACACAAAAAUACAGCCGUGGCGAAGAAGUCGAGCACCCGCAAACCAGCCUCGAAGCCAGCGAAGAAAGCAAAGAAGCGCCGUCGUGGCGACGACAGCGACUCCGAGGAUGAAUAG